AUGGGAUCAAUAACACAUAAUAAAGGAAAUCAAAUUAAAAAGAAAUUAGAUUCAUUUAUUGGUAUUUCAAAUUGGGAAUCAUUAUCAAUUGAACAUGAUAAUAUUAAUCAUCAAUUAGAUAUUACAUUACUUGCUAUUAUUAAAGAUAUUACAAAUAAACCAGAUUAUUCUAGUUGUACUACUACUACUACUACUACUACUAUUACCACUAAUAAUAAUAAUAAUAAUAAUAAUAAUAAUGUAAAUAAAAAUGAAGACAAUAGUAAUACUACUAAUAAUAAUUUAAUUAAAUCAAUUAAUAAAGAAGUUGAAAAUUCAUCAGUUAAUAAUAAUGGUUUCAUUUCAAUGAAUCAACAAAAACAAAAUUAUCAUUAUAAUAUACCAACAUCACUUAAAGAUAUUAAAUCAAUAAUUAUUAAAUCUCAAAAAUUAAAAGGUCAAUUACAAUCUUUAAAACAAGUUUUUAAACAAAAUAUAAUUAUAAAUAAUCAAGAAGUAAUUGAACAACAAGUAGAUGCUAUUAAACAACAGCAACAGCAACAACAAGAACAACAACAAGAACAAGAACAAGAACAACAACAACAACAAGAUGGUGAAUCAAUAUCAUUAUCAUCAUCAACAUCAUCAGGUAUAACAAUAUCAUCAUUAUCAAAUAUUGAAUAUAAUCCAAGUAUAGCAUUUAAAUUGGGUAAAGAAUUUGUAAUUGGUAAUUUAUUCAUUGAUCAAAUUAUAUUAUUUUUAGAAUUUCUAUAUGGUAUUGCAUUAGAGAUUGAAACUAAUUUACAAUAUUGGGAAUCAAUUGAACCAACAAUAUACUAUUUACAAAAGUCACCUUUAUUUUGGUUAAAAUAUUAUCAUCAACAAUUGAAUAGAAGAAUACAAUUCUCAAAUAAAUUUAGUGAACUUCAUAAUUUAAAACAACCAAAACCAAUACUUUAUAUUUCAAAUCUUUUAAAUAAAGUAAAUUCUUUUAUUUUAAAUAAACAACCAUCAUCACAACAAGUCGAGCAACAACAACAACAACAACAAGAAAGAGAUGAGCAACAACAACAACAACAACAACAACAGCAACAACAACAACAACAUAAUAAUAGUCAUCAUCAUCAUCAUCAUCGAAAUGAAAAUGAAAAAAAAAAGAAAUCAAAAAGAAUUAAACAUCCAAAAAUAGAAUUAUUAGAUAAAAUUCAAAAAUUAAAAUCAUAUCAAGUUGUAAUUUCUGUUAUUAUUGGUAGAUUAACAUUUUUAUUAGAUUCUUUAAAAAUUAAUACAAAUAAUAACAAUAACAACAACAACACUGCAGAUAAUAAUAAUAAUAAUUUAAAUGAUAAUGAAUCAAUUAAAAGAUUUAGUGAAUUAAUGUCAAAAUCAAGUAUAAUUAUAUUUGAUUCAUUAUUAUUAUUUAAUGAAUUAUUUAAAAAGAAUAAAGAAUCAAAUGAUAAUGAUAAGAAAGUAGAUGAUGAUGACGAAUUAAUUAAAUUAUCAAAAGAUUUAAUUAAUGAAAUUAUUAAUAUUAGAAAUGAAGAUGGAGAUCAACAACAACAACAACAACAACAACAACAACAACAACAACAACAACAACAACAACAACAACAACAACAACAACAACAACAACAAUCAUUACAAUUAUUAAAUUUUAAAAUAUUAUUAAAUAAUCAAAAUUUAAUUAAUAAAUUAAUGGAGGUAAUGGUAAAGAGGUUAAGUGGUAAUUUAAGUAUACCAAAUGUGUUUAUUAGAAAUUGGGUAAAGUUAUCAGUUGGUUCAGUGAUUGUAUUCUUUGGUAUUAAAUAUUCUUAUGAUAAUUUCGAUUCAUUCAAACAAUCUGCAUUCGAUAUUAGGGAUGCAUUCAUUAGAUUCUAUCAUGAGCAUUUGGAAGAGCCUCUAUUGAAUAUUUGGAAUGUGAUUAGAUACGAUAAGAAGUCACUGCAAUUGGCAGACCCUGCAUCAUUGCAAUCUUCAAUUGACUCAUUGGGCAGAAUGGUUAUCGACUAUAAUAUAGACAGAAACCAUCUCGAUAUCAAUUCAACCGAAACUAGACAACACCUAUUCCAAUUGGCAUCGCGUGGUGACAUUUCAUCCAUUAUGAAAUCCUACGAAUCUAAUAUCAGAUCGCCAUUACAGAAUAUCCUAUUCGGCGAUAUGAUUAGAUUAAUAUUAAUUCAAAUUCAAAAGGAGAAAGUUGACGUAGACAAAGCAAUGGUUGCAAUCGAUAAGUUACUCCAAGCCAACGAACUAAACUUCCAAUUGCUCGCUGCUAUACCCUCUGCUAUCUUUUUGGCUUUAUUAAUUUGGCAAAUUAAAAAGUUAUUCACUAAUCAAAAGAAAACUUUACCCUAUUCACAAUUAGUAAUCUUUCAAACUUUAAGAAAAAUUAAUCGUACUUUAAUUUUAAAUAAUACUCAAGAUCAACAAAAUAAUAAUUUACCAAAUUUCAUUUCACCAUUAUUAUUAACUCAAAUUAAUAUUUUAAAUUAUUCAACAAUUAUUAAUAAUCAAGAUAAUAAUAAUAAUAUUAAUAAUAUUAAUAAUAAUAAUAAUAAUAAUAAUAAUCAAUUAAUUAAAACUCAAUUUAAACCAUUUGAAAAAUAUGGUACAAUUUUAAUUUCAACAAAUAAAUUAAGAAGUCAUCAAAGAUUUGUUAGAGAAAAUACUGAAAGUCAAUGGUUUAAUCAAGAUGUUCAUGAUUUAGAAUCUGAGGCUUUAUCAAAUCAAGAUAAAAUUCAAACUAUAAAUAGAAUGUUUCAAACUUAUUCUUUUUUAAAGAAUAUUAAAUAA